GAGGAGGAAGAGGGGAUGUUCGUGCCGCGCUCGGGCUGCCUCCCCUCCUGCCGCCGCCGGGUCGCGUUCCGUGUGGAAAUGGCACUUUCUCUGCCUAACGAGAUGGGACUGAAUGGGGUCGGCAGCCUCCUCCGCGCGCCCGAGCGGGAGCAGCAGCAGCAGCAGCAGCCGCGGCGCUGAGCCUGGGGGGCGGCUGUGCGUGCUGUGCUGUGCUUGCUGUGCUGCGGGGCUUUCCUGUUGGUUUCUUUUUUUUUUUUUUUUUUUUAAUUUUUUUUUUUGGGUGCAAACCCCGGACUUUGCAAAACAAUCUCCGCCCCCGAGAGGAUAUUUAAUCUGCAACAAGAAUCGCAGCUCGCGGAGGUAAAGUUGAGAGAAGAAGGGCUGCCGGACCUCGUGCCCCGUGGGGACCCGAACCCCGCGGACCGAGGAUGCGAUUCUCCCUCCCGGCGGCUGCCCCCGGGACGUGGCUUUCGCCUGGACUGAGCGGGACCGGACUGCAACUUAUUAAAGACGCGCACGUAGUGGCGAUUGGGGCAUAAACAGCGACACGAACUCCGGUCUGGUGCCGGAGGCUGCCUCUGCUGCCGAACAGCUGCUCGCCCCGUGCUCCUGUCCCUCUGCCGUCCCGUUUUCAGAAGGGGAUCCUGAGCUUUUUUCCUUCUUUUUUUUUUUUUCUUUUUUUUAAUUUUAAAUUGUUGCGUGCAUUUUAUUUUAGGUGGUUGACUUUUGCAGCUGGCUCGGCUGUUUUGGGGUCUUGUGGACUGCUGACGGCGGUAGCAGCAGCACUGCCUCUCGCCAUGGCCAGCCCCACAGAUAACAACGAGGGCUUCUUCUCGGAUGUCAGAAAGGUGGGUUACUUGCGCAAACCCAAGAGCAUGCAUAAACGCUUUUUCGUGCUAAGGGCAGCCAGCGAGUCUGGACCCGCCCGGCUGGAGUAUUACGAGAAUGAGAAGAAAUGGAGACACAAGUCGGGGGCCCCCAAGCGCUCCAUCCCAUUGGAAAGCUGCUUCAACAUCAACAAGCGGGCUGACUCCAAGAACAAGCACCUGGUGGCCCUCUACACCAAGGACGAGCACUUUGCCAUUGCAGCUGACAGUGAACUGGAACAGGAGAGCUGGUACCAAGCGCUGCUGCAGUUGCACAACAGGGCCAAGGGCCACCACCACCUCCACCACCAUCACCACCACCACCACAGCGACGUCACCUUUGGGGGCAGCAGCGUGGGGCUGGGGGAAGCGGGUGAGGACAGCUAUGGUGAGGUAGCCCCUGGCCCAGCUUUUAAGGAAGUUUGGCAAGUAAUUCUGAAGCCUAAGGGGCUAGGCCAGACAAAGAACCUGAUUGGCAUCUACCGCCUGUGCCUGACUAACAAGACCAUCAGCUUCGUAAAGCUGAAUUCGGAUGCGGCUGCUGUGGUGCUGCAGCUGCUCAAUAUCCGCCGUUGCGGACACUCUGAGAACUUCUUCUUCAUCGAGGUGGGACGCUCGGCAGUGACUGGGCCUGGGGAAUUCUGGAUGCAGGUGGAUGAUUCUGUGGUGGCGCAGAACAUGCAUGAAACCAUCCUGGAGGCUAUGAGAGCCAUGAGUGAGGAAUUCCGACCACGCAGCAAGAGCCAGUCCUCCUCCAACUGUUCCAACCCCAUCUCCGUGCCUCUUCGUAGCAGGCACCACAUCAACAACCCUCCGCCCAGCCAAGUGGGGCUCAGUCGCCGAUCCAGAACCGAGAGCGUUACGGCCACCUCCCCAGCUGGCGGUGGGGGAGGAGGUAUGGGUGGCAAACCCAGCUCUUUCCGGGUUCGCGCAUCCAGUGAUGGGGAAGGCACCAUGUCAAGGCCUGCCUCGGUGGAUGGCAGCCCAGUUAGCCCUAGUGCCAACCGGACCCACUCGCACAGACACCGUGGCAACUCCAGGCUCCAUCCUCCGCUCAACCACAGCCGUUCCAUCCCGAUGCCUUCCUCGCGCUGCUCCCCAUCGGCCACCAGCCCAGUCAGCCUUUCGUCCAGCAGCACCAGUGGCCACGGCUCUACAUCAGACUGCCUGUUUCCACGAAGGUCCAGUGCUUCGGUUUCUGGCUCCCCUAGUGAUGGCGGAUUUAUUUCUUCUGAUGAAUAUGGUUCUAGCCCGUGUGACUUCCGCAGCUCUUUUCGCAGCGUUACCCCAGAUUCGCUAGGACACACCCCACCAGCUCGGGGCGAUGAAGAGCUCAACUACAUCUGCAUGGGGGGGAAGGCCGCUUCGUCCUGCUGCAGCCUGGCAGCUCCCAAUGGCCACUUCAUCCCACGCACCUGCCACCCGCAGCAGCAGCCCCGCUACCCCAGCACGUCAUGCUGUCCCCGAGCUGGUAGCGAGGACAUUGCUGACUUGGACAAGGCAUUCAGGAAACGGACUCACUCUGCAGGCACUUCGCCCACCAUCUCCCACCAGAAGACACCCUCCCAGUCUUCGGUGGCUUCCAUUGAGGAGUAUACGGAGAUGUUGCCUUCUUACCCCUGUGGCGGCAGCCGGCUGCCCUCCUACCGGCACUCAGCCUUUGUGCCCACUCACUCCUACCCUGAGGAGUGUCUGGAGAUGCACCACCUGGAUGGCAGCCAUCAUCGGACCAACUCUGCUCCGCACACGGAUGACGGCUACAUGCCCAUGUCUCCCGGUGUAGCCCCCUUGCCCAGCGGUGGGGCUGCCCCCAAGAGCGGUGACUACAUGCCCAUGAGCCCCAAGAGCGUGUCGGCCCCCCAGCAGAUCAUCAACCCUGGCAGAGGGGGCCGCCACCCUCCGGCUACGGUGGACUCCAACGGCUACAUGAUGAUGUCCCCCAGCGGCAGCUACUCCCCGGACAGCGGCUCUGCGGGCUACGGCAAGAUUUGGACGAACGGUGCCGGCCACCACCCAAAGCUCUCGGUGGACAGCAACGAAGGGAAGCUGCCCUGUGGCGGCGGCGACUACAUCAACAUGUCCCCGGCCAGCGGCUCCACCACCAGCACGCCGCCCGACUGCUACUUCGGGGCGGCGGGGCAGCCGGGCGUCGAGGAGGCGGCCACCGCGGUCCUCCACAAGCCCAUCUACUCCUACUUCUCGUUGCCGCGCUCCUUCAAGCACGUGCACCGGCGGGCCGGCGGGCCGGCGGGCGAGGAGGGCAGCCCCCAGCCCCGCGUGGCUCUCGGCUCCGGCCGCCUCCUCUACGCCGCCGAGGACUCGUCCUCCUCCACCAGCAGCGACAGCCUGGGCGGCCCCGGCGGCCCCGAGGGUCCCGCGCCGCGCUCGCAGCCCCCGCGCAAGGUGGACACGGCCGUGCAGACCAAGGGCCGCCUGGCGCGACCCACGCGGCUGUCGCUGGGCGGCCCCAAGGCCAGCACCCUGCCGCGGGCCCGCGAGCAGCCCCCGCUGCUGCCGCCCCCGGAGCCCAAGAGCCCCGGCGAGUACGUGAACAUCGAGUUCGUCCCCGGGGACAAGCCGCCUUUCCCCUCGGCCGCCCCGGGGCUGCCGCGGCCGCCGGGCGGGGAGGCCGCCGAGGAGUACAUGAACAUGGAUCUGGGGCCGCCCCGCGCCCGCUGCCCCGGCGCCUUCGCCGCCGCGCGGGCGGCCCCCGCGGCACGGCCGGGUCGCGGCGCGGCUCCCCCCGGGCGGGACUACGUGAGCAUGCAGCUGGGGGGCUCCUGCUCGGACUGCGCCGACAGCCCCUCGCCCUCUUCGCCCGCCCCGCUGCUCGGCUACGCCGACGUGCGGGCGGGUCGCUCCGCCGCCGAGAAGCCGCCGCCGGCCGCCGCCGCUUCCCCUGAGCUGCCGCGGGGCCCGGCCGAGCUGGCAGCGGCGCCGCCGCGCUCCUCCUCCCUGCUCGGGGGCCCCGGCGCGGGCAGCGCCUUCACCCGCGUCAGCCUCAGCCCCGGCCGUAACCAGAGCGCCAAGGUGAUCCGCGCUGACCCGCAGGGCGGCCGCCGGCGGCACAGCUCCGAGACCUUCUCGUCCACGCCGAGCACCGCCCGCGGGGCGGCAGGCGGCGGCGGUCCCGGGGCGCCGUUCCCCUGCGGCGGCGCGGGGGGCGCCGAGGAGGUGAAGCGCCACAGCUCGGCCUCCUUCGAGAACGUGUGGCUGCGGCCCGCCGCCGGGGAGCCGCCCUCCGCGAGCAGGGGGCCGGGGGCCACGCUGGAGAACGGACUCAACUACAUCGACCUGGACUUGGCGAAGGAUUGCAGCCACCGCCGCCACCACCUGCACCCCCCCGCGGAGGGCGCCUCCGGCCCGGGGGGGAAACCGCCGCAGCCCCGCUCCCCGCGGGGGAGCAGCCACUCCAGCGACGACCUGAGCGCGUACGCCAGCAUCAGUUUCCAGAAGCGGGAGGAGCCCUAGGAGCCGGCCGGGAAGAAUGAUGACCUAUACAACCUCAGCAAAUCCUUCUUUUAACUCAUGGGUAUCAAGACUCUAAAUGUUUCAUGUUACCACAACUAGGACCUCACCUCCUCCUCCUCCUCUUCCUCUGUAAAUGGGUACGAUGCAUCCAGUUCAGUUUGUUUACUUUACACAAACCUCAGGAGUUAGUUGACUGAGCUGCACAUCCUGUGUUGUGCCAAGCAGAAGCACUGUGACACCUGGACUAUGAGUCUCUCUUAAUCCUCUACCGUAAGGACUUAGCUGGCCACAAUGAACUGAUGUGCCCACCACUGUGUCAUGGUGAGAAUGGGUAUUUUACUAGCACAUUUACACAACUUCAUUUGCUGCUGAAAACCUGUAUGACAAAUCAUCCUUGUAAAUUAUUACAUACAAAACUUAAUGUUGGUUGAAGAGUAUUAAAUAUUUAACAUAGGUUUUGAUUUAUACAUGUACUUUUUUAAUUAAAAUGUAACUUUUCCUACAGCACAUCUUUUUUGAUGUGGAACUGAGGUAUACUAUAUUCUGUUGUAAACAGAGUGGGAAACCUAAUUAAAACAAGGCUUCUAAGAAUAGAGUAGGGUACUAUUCUUGUUUUAAGAUUGUAAUUCAGAAAAUAAUAUAAUACGAGUCAUUGGUCCCUGGGCCUUGAUUGUACAGUCAUAUUUGCUGAUACUAUCAGUUGUAAGAUAACCCUGAUGCUGAACUGAUUUCUUUCCAGAAGAAAAGUAAUUUUGUACUCCUUGUAAAAUAAUAAUCUGUAUUAACUACAAUGAAGACAAACUUUACUGUACAUGGUAUUUACAAGUGUCAACUUGAAUUCGUCAAUUGCACAAAAACUGACAAAAAAUCAGAAAAAUAGAAAUCAAAGUCUUCCAUUGUAUAUAUUGUAAAGAAUAGAAAUUAAAAAAAAAAACAAAAAAAACAAAAAAAAAAAAACAGAAAACCACAAAACAAAAUGAAAACAAAGGGUGAACUUUUCAAAUUAACUCUUUCCUUGGAAUGAAAAUGUGGGUGUUUGUAAAUUCUGGAAAUCUCUUUCUAUAUGUAAUAAACUAGAUACUGUUUUAUCUGCUGUAGUUUGUUUGUUUGUUUUUCUUGGUGAACUGUCUCAGAUAUCUCAGAUUGCCCCGCUGUAGCUUUCUUUGAUGUUGCCACUGUGCCAUUAAGGAUGGCUGUGGAUCACUACUUUUUAAGAACGUUAAGUAUAGUUAGAAGUAGUAGGGAGUGCGCUUUGUAAAGGACCAAUGAAAAACAUUCUGCCUUUCUGUGGAUAUUUCACUAAAAAUCUCGUUUCAUUGUUCUGGUGAAUUUUCAGGAUACGGUCCUCCUUCCACUUACGUCUGUGGGAGAGUUCUAAGCAAGUUAAAUCCCUGAAAGCAAAAUAGCAGCAUGAAAUUUAAAAACAGCGACCAAGAUGAUUGUCUGGAAGUCGGUGCAAGAGAAAGAAUGAAGAAGAAUUCUUUUAUGACUUAUUUCUGUGCUUUACUCUGGCUCUGUGUGUAUAUUGUUAUUUUAUAUGUAGCAUUUGCAAAGUCUUGGUUCUUUUUGGGUCUGGAGAAGUAAUGAAAUUGGAGAUCUCAAAGCAAAAUGUUGUUAACAUGAUAAGAGAACAGGCUAUUUCAGGUCCCUGUUGGUCAUCGCUCUUGCUUCUGCAAAGCAACUUUAUGGACCAGGGUGCAUUUGACAGAAUUCUUGUUAUCAAGAAAGGCAGGUGCUCAGUGCACCAGCCCUCCAUGGAGGAUGGGAGGAUGGCUGUCAAACCCUCAAAAAAAAAAAAGAAUUUAUUUCCCCUGAGAUGUUUACGAUGUCUGGGGCUAGGAUGAAGUUAGUGCAGUGUCCUCUGCUGACUGCAAUUGAGCAACAUCCCCUUCAUCUACACUGUUUUUUCACCUGGCUUUUUGCUCGGAGGCUUACCAUUCCCCUAAAUGUACUGGUAUUGUUGCACUUGUAGAUUCACUUUUUGACCCUACCAAGUCAAAAUACUCUGCUGAGAAAAUUUUUACGCCUUAAAAUAUUUUAGUCAUUACAGAUCACUGGUGACAAUUACGUGUGUACUGAUGUUGGCAGACUUAAGGAUAUUGGUGCAUGGUGAGGUUGCAGCCUAAGAUGGACCUGUGACUGCCAAGGGUGCUGCCUUUGGAAAUCCCGUCCUUUGCUGACAAAACAGUCUCCACCAAAAGAGACUGAUGCUGAUCAGUAAACGAGAUAAGGCAUCACUUCUAUAUGUAGGAAAGGGCAAUUUAAGCCACGAGAGCUUGCAGUUGCUCUCAGGGAGCUUUAGUAUGUUUUUUCAUGAAGAACUAUUAAUAUGUAAGAAGACAGGAUUUAACCUGCAUGUGUUCAGAAGUAAAACAAAACAACCAAUGGAACCAAGUCACCCUUCUCAAACCCUUCACCUACAGCUUUCUACAGUUUAA